UCUUUCAUUCAUUCAAUGCAAUACAUAUUUUUAUAACUUUUGCAAUUGAAAAUUCUCAAAGUUAAAAAGAAAAGAGAAGCCACUUGUCCAUCACCUUCAAUGGCAACAAAGGCUAAUGAAGAUAUUAGCAAACGUUUGUAUGAAGAUUUUGAACCUUAUUGUAAAUGGCUCACAAAUGAAGGACAAAAGAUCCUUGAGGUUGAUUUGAAAGGUUUCAAAAAAGAGCAACUUAAGGUUCAAACCAACAAUAAAGGGGUUCUAAAAAUUUAUGGAGAAAAACCUCUAAGUGCAUCUAGUAAGAAGAAAUGGAGUCGUUUCCACAAAGAAAUUAGGGUUUCAAAAGAUUGUGAUGUGAGUGGGAUCCAAGCAAAGUUUUCUCAAGGGAUUCUUUCUAUUGUGUUGCCAAAAAAUGAAGCAACUCAACAUGCCAAAGAUAUUGCAACCAUAGAGAAGCAUUCUUUAUGGGGGGUGCAGAAGAGUAAAAGAACCACCAUUCAUAUUGUGCUUGGAAUAGUGGCUGUGGUUGCACUAGGGACUUAUGUGGCAAGAAUAUUAGAAAAUAAACAUGAAAAUGAAGGUUAUCAUCAUGACGCAUUUGAUAUAGUUAAUGUUGCCAAUAUUUAAUUUAAACAUGAUCCAAUAAGUUAAAUAAGAUCAUGCCAAAAUUGAAAAUGAAGCAUAUGUUUGCUUUAUUUACUAUUGUGAUAAUGAGAAAGUGAGCAAGGUGAAUUUGCUUUAUAUUUUCUUGUAACAUGCUAUCUUUGAAGAAAGGUAAAGUAUAAAAAGAAAAGUCAUUCAUCUAAGUUCUUGU